AUGUCUCUACUGGAUUGUGGCGUACCGGCCGUUUCUGAUGUUCUCGGCGAGAGCGACGCUCUGCCCAUCGAAGCUAGGCGUGUGCACAACGCGCGUCGUCCUGUCUCGCGGUUGCCACUUGAAAUCACCACUACCAUUUUCCGCCUGAUGGCUCACGCAGAUCCUCCAGGCGGGAAGCUCAUAUCUCACUAUGGGGUCUCGAAAGCCCUAGGAUUGGGCUGGAUCCCGGCUGCCACGCAUGUCUGCCACCAAUGGCGCACCUAUGCUCUGGCUGAUCCAUUCCUUUGGGCCCUUUGUGCGGCAGAUAUGCCCAAUUCUCGCGGGUUUGAAUCACUCAAGCUUCGCGCCGGAGAGACGCCUCUCUACCUCAACAACAUGCGGCGUGCCCUACUCACCAGCGCGCCUGACGGGUCAUCGGAGGCGGGAUCUUACAUGCCCGAACACUUCUAUGCGUUCUUUCCUGCAUCUCAGUCCUGCAACCUGAUACUGCGGCCGGAUGAAGCAAGAAGAUUGUCGACCAUGAUUGCGGCGGAGGGUAUACCCCCUUCGAUGCACACACUUCACGUUGCCAUGACCCGAGAUAGCGAGGAGUUCAUUCCCCGAGAAUCUCGCAUUGGCCACUUCAAAUCAUCCUCGGCCCGACUUCGCCACGUCACUCUCAGCCAUCUUUUCAUACCAUUUUCAAGCCGUUAUCUGAUAUCCCUCCGUCUCUUCCACAAGAGGGAGCAGGGAUGGGUGCCCGAGGCAUCAUUGUUGCUGGAUAUAUUGUCUGAUGCUACGGACCUCGAGUCAUUGUGGUUCCAUGAAUGGAACUGUGACAUCCCUACUUCUUCCUCGCUGACGAUGCCCAAACUGCUGGAGCUCAGACUCAAUGGUUCGUCCACGGGCGUCGCGACCUUCGCUUCUGCCCUGCUAUGCAUCUUGAAAUGCCCUCGUCUCAAGAGCAUCCAAUGUGAAUGCGCCUUAUCUGCCUUCCUCUCUUCUGCAGGACCGGAACCUAGUCUAGUGCGCUUAACAUCUAGGCUCCGGAUCGGCGAUGAGCACCCAGUCCCGGCAUCAAGCACUUAUUUUCUCAAAAUGUGGGGGCGAAAGGGUCGAGAUCAUCACUACACCUUCCUGUCGCGGUUGGGGGACAUACCGGACGACCCCCGCUAUUACAACCAUGGCACUUAUUCAGCGGACAGCCCUCUUCGAUUGGAUACGCAUCAUAUGCGCCUCUUUAUGCCGUAUGCUGCGCUUAGCGAUUCCCAUUACGAAGCGUCUGCUCUCCGCACGAGCUCGGAGCUCGGGCUCUACGAUCUAUCCCUGGACGCCGUACCGGCAGCAUCGGUCUUUCAGAGCAUCGUGAAUGCCCAUGCAUUGCAACACGAGACUCUAGUCUCAACCGUCGAGAUCCUACACUUCGGCUUGUACUUUCCAACCGAAGGCAUAGACUGGUCCCCCAUUCUCGCUCCCUUCACAUCGGUCCACGAACUGAUCCUUGUCAACGACGAGCCGAGUAUAUCCCACGAGGGCAGCCUCAUUGUGGCUAUGACUCACUUGGCUUUGCAUAAGGAAUUGGGGCAAUGUAUCCUGACGCGCGCUGCGAAUGCUAGUAGCAUGCUCUUACCACGGCUACACGCCUUUGUCAUCAAGCGAAGUCUCCCAAUAGACGACACCGAUGUUGUCGUAUCGCACACUUCGGCGAGCGGUGGUGCGCCGCAGCUCCGCGUUGGCCCGUUGACCCCUUCAAGACCGGCACCCUCAGCCAUCAAAUACUGCGAAGGGAUUCUUGCUUCGUCUACAUGA